CUUCUGUGUCACUAUAUGUUGUCGAAUUUCAUAGAUUUUCGUGAACGAAUUAGAAUCUGAAGGUUCAGAACUGUCGUGGAGACGAACGAAUUCCUGGGCUACUCUCAUCGUUUCAUGUAGUAUCCAGUAAAUUAAGCUUCUCCUCUUCCGACUCUGCGAUACCAAUUCGGAUUCCGGCUAUCGGAAUCAUGCUCCCGAGCAACACGGUUUCUCUUCUUCUUGUGGUAGCCGGUGUCUUCGUGGUGGUCUUCCGACUGUUCCUAAGGGCUACGACUCUCUCCUUUCUCCUGAAGAAAUGGUGGAGAUCGAUUGACGAUCGGUUUCACGUAUAUCAGUUCUACAAAGUUCCCGAAUUCAACCAGAGUUUCCAAGAGAACCAGCUGUAUAGAAAAGUUUCCACGUACCUGAGCUCCUUGGCUUCCAUCGAAGACUCGGAUUUCGCGAACCUCUUCGCAGGAAGGAAAACGAACGACAUCGUCUUACAGCUCGAUACCAACCAAACAGUCCUCGACACGUUCCUUGGGGCGAGAGUCUCUUGGAAGAACGAAACGAGCAGCGACGGAACCAACAUUUCUCGUACGUUAGUCCUGAAGAUAAAAAAGAGAGAUAAGCGUCGGAUCAUCCGUCCUUAUCUGCAACACAUCCACUCCGUCACCGACGAGAUUGAACAGAGGAAGAAGGAAGUCAAGCUCUACACGAACGCCGAAACAGAGCAUUGCAACGGCGGCGGAAGAUGGAAAUCCGUGCCCUUCAGCCACCCGUCCACCCUCGACACCGUCGCCAUGGAUUCUGAUCUCAAGAACAAAAUUAAGUCUGAUCUUGAGUCGUUUCUCAAAUCCAAACAGUACUACCAUCGGCUCGGCCGCGUCUGGAAGCGGAGCUACCUGCUGUACGGGCCGUCGGGUACCGGAAAAUCGAGCUUUGUGGCCGCCAUGGCCAAAUUCCUCUGUUACGACGUGUACGACGUCGAUCUUUCUAAAGCUUCCGACGAUUCGGAUCUGAAGAUGCUUCUCUUACAAACUACAAGCAGAUCUGUUAUAGUCAUAGAGGAUCUCGAUCGGUUCCUGGGCGAGAAAUCGUCGGCGGUUAGUUUAUCCGGGGUUCUGAACUUCAUGGAUGGGAUAUUCUCAUGUUGUGGGGAAGAGCGGGUGAUGGUAUUCACCAUGACCAGUAAAGAUCACAUCGACCCCGCCAUCCUUAGACCGGGAAGAAUCGACGUUCACAUACACUUUCCUCUCUGCGAUUUCCCUGCGUUCAAGACUCUAGCGAACAGUUACUUAGGGGUGAAGGAUCACAAGCUUUUCCCUCAGGUGGAGGAGAUUUUUCAGGGCGGAGCGACUCUGAGCCCGGCAGAGAUCGGAGAGAUCAUGAUCGUGAACCGGAGCUCACCCAGUCGGGCACUGAAAUCCGUGAUCAAUGCGCUCCAAACCCACGGUGAUGGAAGAAAGGGUCCCGGGAAGCAAGGGCAGCGAUUGAGCGAAAGUACGUCGGGGAACGGACGAUUGGCUGACGAGGCUGGGGAUCCAGGCGGCGGCACCGGUGGCGGCGGUGGUGGGAUUAUUUGCAGGGAAAGCGUCCACACUGUGAGAGAGUUCAGGAAAUUGUACAGUCUGUUGAGGAUGAAGAGCAAUAGAAAAUCGGGGCCGUUGGAUCUGGGUUUGGGGGAGAAGAAGGAAGGGUGACCAUAUGACGACGGCGUGCAAUUCCGACGAGUCGGUACCGGCGCUUACGAUAUGUUGCCCCCAGGUUUG